AGUUAACAAAGGUGAAAUUAGCAGCUAUAUCAGUGAAAUUGAUAAGAAAACAAAAGUAAGACUAGCAAUUGAGAAAUUAGAUGAAAUGUUAAAAAAGGAUAACAAUCAAAUGGAUAAAGAUAUAAAGGUUCAUUUGCAAGCAUUAUUGCAAUAUUUACAAUUAAGAUACUAUUAUGAUCAGAAUAGAAUAAACACAAGCAUGACAAUUGCUAGUUUAUUAGAAUGA